GUUCACUCAUGUACUAUGACAUGAUGAGCCAACUUUCUCUUUACUUCACAAAGUAUUGGAAUUUCGGAAGGGAAAAACAUUGGUCACGUUACUCCAAGCGAGCGCCAAGAAACAGGCCAAUCCUGAACUCACAUCUCUUCCCAGCUCAUAACUUACCUCACAUUAACAUCAUCCGAAUGGCUUCAUCUCAACGCUCCUCACCGCAGCGAUCCCCUUGCUCUCACCGCCAGUAUGUCACGAAUCUUGUCUCCUUUCAUAACAAAACGAAGCCCGAGCGCGCCCUCCUUUCCCUUCCCCAGUUAGUCAAACCGUCAGACGCAGCGGCCCGGACCCGGACCCGCUGCGUGCCAGCACACAUCACACGUGCGGAGAUGAAUCAACAAAUCGAUCACACCGCCAGGAACAACGAUGGAGACAUCGGAGAUUCUGAUGCAUUUGUAUGUCUAGAAAAACGCCAUCAAACAUUUCGCUAAGCAGCACGAAGAUUAUUCUACGGGCCAAGUUUCACUCUAUUCUCAUUCGUCCUCGUUACAGAUGGACUUGUCUUCUCUGGCGGAUAUCUAUUGGAUGAUGAGAGGCACAUGUCCUGAAGGCUGCAACUCAAAUGCGCCCGCUUCUGCGCCCCGGCGAGGAUCCCCCUUUCCGUUGCCCUUUCGGGUUUCAGCUCUGCUGUCACGAGCAGAUUGGCGAGAUGUGGACGAGUUGUGUGCGAGUAUGAAAGACGCAGAAAGGUUAUCUCGUCUUCACAUGUCAAUGGAACCGAGGGGAAUAGAUGCGCACAAGCCCAAGUUAGACUGUACAGUACGAGUACAGCUUGUAUCAAAUGAUGCAUUUGAUCAACUGUUUCCAUCAUUUCGAUAUCCGAUCUCAACUGCUUCGAACUUCUUUACUUUUGUUGCUCAUGUACAAGACAUCCAUAUCUUCAAGUCACUUUAUCGCUCCGGAACAACCCCUCAUUUUAGCUCUGGCGAGAGUGGGGGAAAAGUCCAGACUUGUUCAGGGUCCUUAGCCCACUCAAGUCCCCAGUCCUGGCCUAUCCCUGUCCCUAUCGGUGAUUAGAGCCAGACACCAACAACCCCAACUCGCCCAACACACCCCACUAUCUGCAAGGACUCUCACCAAAGCGUAGUCACCACUUAAAAGACGCUGAGAUCCAACCAGAACAUUAAGAAGUCUGGUGAUGGGCCCAGAUUGCCGCCUUGGCGACACAGGACAGUCAUCGGAAGCGAUUUACUGGGGUUUAUCCCCGGUGUUUGAUGGCCUGGCCUUGUCUUUGAAAGGGAACUGCACGACUCCAGUACCGGGGUUGAGAGGAGAUUUAUAACCUCCAUACCAGCCCCACCGCCGUCCUCUUGACAACGCACGAAACGACAUUCCUCCUUCACCCACAAGAAUAUUUUCCAAAUAAACAGCUGGAAGAAUUUUGAUCAAGCAUUACUCAAAGUAUGAGUCGAAGAAAUAGGAAAUCAUCAGGUCCUGGAAACGCACUCAAUAAUCAAUCAUCAACAACCUCAUAAUAACGUCCAGCCGCUGCUGUACCCGCUCACAAAAAUGGUCACUCAAUCUCAAAUUCCGAAACAUCAUCUUAAUCCAAUCAAUACACACUGGCAUAAUCGAUCCCUAUCCAGUCUCUCAGCCACGUCAGAUGCAGCAACUUUUCAUUCUGCACACGCUCAUCUGUCAAAUAUGGAAUUACGGCAGCUUUCCCUCACUCAACGACAUCACCCCUCAGUCCUGACAUCUCUACCUCUGUCAGGCACAACUCAAGCUCUCCCAUCUCCUCAACUUACAGCAAUAAAAAUGGACCGUCAAGACUCGGGAUAUGCAGAAUCACAGUCACAUUCAACACCCCAAUCACCAACAUCCACCUCCCACUCCAGACGAACAUCUGCCUCAUCAUCAGUCAAAAGACGAAACUCUCCAUCCAGCAGCCAAAACAUGUCAUCCCGCCCCAAGAAGCGAACCGCACACUCAUCCUCCUCUUCGAACACCACUCGCCCGCCCACAAAACGAACCACAACAAGCCAAGGCCGAAUCUCAAACUCUGGAUCCAGACCUUCCCUAUCAUCCCGCCAUACUACUCCAUUCGCUCACCAACAACAACAACAACCCUACCAAUUCUUCCAAUUCCCCUCGCUAGCGGACCCCUCCUCCCCUCCGCCCACCUCCCGCACCUCCAACAUCUCCCCAUUAAACACCCUAAACUCAAAUUCACCUUCAAAUCCCCACCUAACCACCGUCUCCCCACCGCCGCCCCCACCACCAACCACAAUCCAAUACUGGACCUCCGACUCCACCCGCCGCCUCGAAUAUGCCGCUAUCGACGCAGCAUCCAAGGGCAUCCGUGGAUUCUUUAUCAAGCUCCUCCCGGACUGUAUCCUUCCUGCUUCGAGUCGACGCACCAAGUUCCAUUGUGAGGAUGAUGAGGGAGGAAGUGAUGCGGGGAGUGUGAGGAGGUAUAGGUUGGUGUUGCCGGAGGAGGGGGAGAAGGAGAUGAAGGGGAGGGGAGUGGAGAGGGGAACUGGGAGUGGCAGGAGGGGAUUGCUGAGGAGGUGGACGAGUUUUGGGAGGAGGGGUGGGAGGAUGGAUUGAGUAGGUCGAGGAUACGACGGACGGCUGUGGGCAGGAUCACAGCACACCAACACCACGAAUUGAAACGAGCAGGAAUACACACACGAUGGCAGACGGAAAUCAAACAGACGGACGGAUACACAGAACGGACAACGUACAAACGACAGAAUGAACAAACGAACCAACCAGCGAGCAUUGAUUUAGCGAUGAACAAACAUACAUAUACAUGGGAGGGGUAUGGAGCUUGCAUUGCAUGAUACCCAGGAGCGAGAUGGAAUUGAUGACAGAAUGCAGCGGAAGCGGAAAUGGGAUGGAGUGGUGCAUUGUAUUGCAUAUUAUUGCGGGAGUAUGAGCGCGUGUGGGAUGAUACCAUUUUUGAUGCGUUGAUUUUUAUAUUGGUGUUUUGUGUUUGUGUUAUGGAAGGGGGUUGAGAGGGCUUUCAUUACGGAAACACUUUUUUUUGGAGAGGCUCGCAGAGGAGGGAAAGGGUUGGGUUGGGUGGAUUUGGAGGCAAAGGGAGCCGUGGGGGGAGACAUAUUGGAAAUGACAUCUGAUCUGGUGUCGGAGUUUCGUUUGUUUCUUGGUGAUACUGACUUUAUGGAAUUAUGGAUCGUGUCCCUGUGAGAUGUCGAGUCUGGUAGACUAUCGGCAUCUAGACCUGUGGUCUGGAGCGCGAGUGGAGGCUGGCAUGGAAUACAGAACAUACCUAUUUUAGUUGAGGGCAGACAGAGAGGAGAUCAGUCAGAUAGGGUGCAUGCAAGCAGCUACCUUACCAUAGUAACACAAUCAAUCAAUCAAACAAGCAAAUAAAAAACA